UUUUGUAUGAAGCACAAUUACUCUACAAAUUCCCUGAUCGGUCGCUGCAAAACCCUCCACCGCAAUCAAGCGGCGUUGCCGCCGAGAUGGUCAAAAUCAAAACUAGAAGUUGUUCAACUUCCUCAGCUUCGGCUUCUAGGAGAAUUGGUUUGGCAGGAGAAACCAAGAAGGCUGCAAGGAAGAAGACGGCGCGAAAAAAGGGAGGAUUUUCGUAAGGAAUACCAAGACGCUAAUCCUGAUGUCAAGUCAAUGCGCGAUAUUGGGAAAGCAUGCGGGGAGAAGUGGAAAACAAUGACAUAUGAGGAAAAGGUGAAGUACUAUGAUAUUGCCACUGAAAAACGAGCAGAGUUUGAUAUAGCUAUGACAAACUUCACUAAGAAAAAGGAGAGUGGUGAAUUUGAUGAAGAUGAUUCGCAACUUGAUGACGACUCAGAUUUCGAUGGAUGAAACUGUUACGAUAGGGAGGGGGCCUUGACGCAGGUCAUCACCGCGCGCUGCCCCUACAGGUAUACACUCCACCAUGGAGGAAGACGUCUGUAUUUCUCAUCGUCCCGUUCCACAAGCAGAGGAACGUGGAAGUGGAGAUGGAGGAUAACAACACGCCCUGCUCGGUUGGGAUCCUCGUCCACUGGGGGGUUGCUGAGUUGCAGGACUAUGCGUAGAAUGUUGAGGUCCUGUUCUUCGAGGGCCAAGACCGUGAGAUGGAUGCCGGAUGAGAUGGGAAUCAGGCUCACGGUCAUGAGUUUCACACCGAGCUCGGAGGCUAAUGGUAAUGACUAAUGAGAAAAGCCAUGUGAGCGUGGAAAUGGAUAGGGAGAGAGAAGUACAAAUUUAGAAACACAGCUGCUGACAGCGGUAACUGAUGAUGCAGAUUGAACCUAGUAAUAAUCUGUCUCCUGUCAAUUUUGAACCAUCAGCAUUCAGCAGAUAGAUUCUAAUGAUUUUACAUAAGAUGCUCUUGCUGCAA